CUUGUGUGCGAAAUGUCGUUGUCGGGGUGGAGAGAGGAACGUUUUCAAAUAUGUUUUAAAACAGAAAACUGAUGUUUGCUCGGCUUCACCGUUACACCGCAAUCCCGUUCGACACCUUGGGAAAAAAUUUGAAUUCGUGGUAACGGCAAAGACGCGAGAUCUUCGGUAAAAAUUAUGUAUCCCCUCUUAGGGGAAUUACAUUCCUCGAAAGGGGAGGAUGUGUGAGUGAGUGUCCGUAUGUGGUUACACGGCACUUAGAUGAAAUCACAGGCGCUUUCCGAAGAGCGAUAGAUACGGAGAGGACGGGAGCUUUGAGGGAGCAGUCUUCAGACAGCACCACAGGAGCAGUAGGCUGACAGUGCUCCACUGAUCGAGGACCAAAAUGGAUGUUUUUAUGAAAGGAUUGUCCAAAGCGAAGGAAGGAGUGGCCGCUGCGGCUGAAAAAACCAAGCAGGGAGUAGCAGAGGCAGCAGAGAAAACUAAAGAGGGGGUUCUUUACGUCGGGUCUAAAACCAAAGAAGGUGUUUCAAGUGUCGUUUCAGUGGCUGAGAAGACAAAGGAGCAGGCCUCUUUGGUGGGUGGUGCAGUUAUCACAGGAGUCUCAGCUGUGGCUCAGAAGACAGUGGAUGGAGCUGGAAACAUUGCAGCAGCCACAGGUCUAGUGAAAAGGGAUGAUUUCCCAUCGGAAAUAAAGCCUGAAGAGUUCGGGCAAGAAGCUGUUGAAGAAACCGUAGGGGAAAGUGCAAUGGAAUCAGAAGGUGGAAUUGAAGCUGAAGCAUAUGAAGAGGCUCCACAGGGGGAAUAUGAAGAAUAUGAAGCAGAGGCAUGAGCAGGAAUAUAAAAAGAAAAAUUGGUAUAAAACAAUUACUCUAAUUGUCUUCUAUUGAUUCAAUGAUUCUUUAACUUUUUAUUAAUUUGUUAUAAAGUGUAAAAGGAUUCUUCGUUAGUCAUAAUGUUAUAAGAUUUUAACUGUCACGGUUUAUUUAUUGACUUCCUCCCACCAAAACGAGACCUCGACUUUGUAGAGAUGACAUUGUCUGUGAACUGUUUCAAUAUGAUUUCAUGUGUUUAAGGACAAAUACUAUUGCAAAUGUCAAGUUUGAAUUUCAGAUUAAAUAGCUAUCUAGCUGUACAUUGCUUGUUUGUGACUAAGUAUUUCAUACUAAUUUUUAUACAUUGUUGUACUUGAAUGUUUUACUGUAACAACCAAAUAAGAACUAAGUAGAAUCUUUAUUAUAUUGAAUUGUGGUGUAAACGUAUCCAGCUGAGUCACAAAUCAAACAAACAGAACAAGAUAUGUCUUCUUGCUGAAAAGAAUGCCCACCUGUAAAUAAA